AUGCGUUUCGCUCUUGCCAUCACCACCCUCAUCGCCGCUGUGACUGCUGCUCCCUCCGGCCACCAUGGUGGAAAGGAUCUGCACAAGAUGACUCUCGGCCAGGCUGGCGACAGGUGCGGUGCCGACCAGUCCAUCUACUGCUGCAACGAGAAGACGACCAAGAUCGAGCACUCCUCCCCCGAAACCGGCCUCGGCGGCCUGCUCGGUGCCACUGUCGGUGCUGAUGGUCUUCUUUCCCACCUUCUCGGUACCUGCACCAAGAUCCCCGUCAAUGUCCUCGCUGUCGGCAACCUUCUCCAGUCCGAGUGCACCAACCGUGCGGCCUGCUGCCACAACACUCCCUCUGUCGCUUACGGUGGUCUUGUCAACCUUGCCCUGCCUUGCGUCGCCAUUGGCAGUCUUAUCCAGUAG